CCGGGAAGCGACGGGAUGGCUGCGGCCGGAGGCGGGGCGGCGGCGGGCCGAGCCUACUCGUUCAAGGUGGUGCUGCUGGGGGAAGGCUGCGUGGGGAAGACGUCGCUGGUGCUGCGCUACUGCGAGAACAAGUUCAACGACAAGCACAUCACCACUUUGCAGGCAUCAUUCUUAACAAAGAAGUUAAAUAUUGGUGGGAAAAGAGUAAACCUUGCUAUAUGGGAUACAGCAGGUCAAGAGAGAUUCCAUGCACUGGGUCCAAUUUACUACAGAGAUUCAAAUGGAGCUAUUUUAGUUUAUGAUAUAACCGAUGAAGAUUCUUUUCAAAAGGUAAAAAACUGGGUCAAAGAAUUACGGAAAAUGUUGGGAAAUGAAAUCUGUUUAUGUAUAGUUGGUAAUAAAAUAGACUUGGAAAAGGAGAGACAUGUUUCCAUUCAAGAGGCAGAAUCGUAUGCAGAAUCUGUGGGAGCAAAACAUUAUCAUACAUCAGCCAAACAGAACAAAGGAAUUGAGGAACUCUUUCUUGAUCUUUGUAAAAGGAUGAUAGAAACAGCACAAGUGGAUGAGAGAGCAAAAGGCAAUGGCUCCAGUCAACCAGGAGCUGCCAGGCGAGGUGUACAGAUUAUUGAUGAUGAACCUCAAGUCCAGAGCGGUGGUGGAGGAUGCUGUUCUUCUGGAUAACUGUUCACAUCUAAGAAAUUAAACAAACUGUGGAUCAUUGCCCUCAACAUGAAGACUGCCAUAUUCCAAGUCACAUUAUUUUACCAAUGGAAUUAUAGAAUUAACAGUAUUUUAAAUUACGUUUAUAACACUGCAGAGACCUUAAGUGCUAAACUUAGUGGAGUUUGUGACCAGAGAAUUGGCAUUUUCUACAAAUGUUAACAGAGCAAUUACCAAUGGCCUUUUUACAUAUUUUUUUCUUUAAUAAGGAAUAAUAUGCAUGUGGAAAAGACCUACUUAAAGGCUUCAUUUAUAUUCUUUUAAAUCAAAUCUUUAUUUAAUAACUUAUAUAUGUUGUUGGAAUGGUAUACAUUUGCAGCCCUUUGUAUUUUGUGGUAGUUUGAAUUGUAUCACUUCUAAACAGCAAACUGUUUUUGUUUUUGUUUUUUUAAUUAGCGGAUACCCGAAGUACUAUUUUUGCAGGGUUUGCACAGGCCCCUAACUGUCUACUACUUUGAUAUAAUCUAUAUACAUCCUGUAUGCUGAGCUGGUAAAAUACAUUGUAAAUUACAUAUUAAAUAUUUUAUCUGCUUUUACAAGCGCAAGGUGCAAAAAUAUAUACAAUAGUCUCAUUGAUGACUGUAAAAUGAUUAACAUUUGAUGAUAAUGCCUAAGCUUUCUGACUCUGAUAUAUAAAGAUCAUAGCUCCCUUCACUUUUGUCUUAACUUGAAAGUGACGUGUUUAAAUUUCACAUAUUCUUUACUUGAAUUAUUGCUGUUGUCACACGUUUUGGCCUCUGUAAGUCCAUCUGAUGAUUGAACAGCAGCAUUUGCCUUUUGGUUUGGAUUGUGGUUGUGUGUGUGUGUGUAUGUGUAUGUGUGUGUGUGUGUGUUUGUGUUUGUUUUUAUAAAAGAGAGGACUUCUGCCAAUUUUGCUUUGGAAUGGUUAUCUUAGAAAAUAUUUGAGUGGAGCAUGCUGAGUUUCACUUCUUCAACAGUUUUAGUUUUCUCUUACGCUUCAUAUGAGAUAGUUUCACUGGUGUGAGAAGAGAGGAAGAGGUCCCACCCGGAUAGUAGCUACUCACCAAGUGCUACUAUUCAUGCAGCAUGUUAGUGGUAGUUUAUGUUCCUGAGGCAGCACUUUUUAGAUCCUUUGUGAGCAAGUUAUAUUUGUUUAAUGCUUGCCAGAGAUGAACACAAAAAGUUUUGUUUAAUUUUGUUAAGAGCUGUUCUGAGUUUCUGUGAAGGGAAACAUUUCAUGUAAUGCAGUUACAGCGAACACUGGAAAGAUUUAUUAUAAAAUUAUAUUCUUUAUACUUUGUAAAUUAGUCUUUCAUUAGAUUUUUUUUCAUUAAGUAUAGGACUGGACUUAAAUUUGUUAAUUUUAGUAGAAUCAGUCACUGCUCACAGAAGGAACACAAAUUGUAGAAAUUAACAAAUUGUUCUUGUUCUAAUACAUAUAUUUUUCCAUUUCUGUCAUGCUUGGAAAACUAGUAAAUGUUAUGUCUAAGAUAAAAUGGAAUGGUCCCUGGAUUUACUUCUUAUAAAAGAAGUAGUAAUAUGCAAUAAAGUUGUUAGCAUGAGCAAUUAAGAGGAUAUAAAGAUAUACUACCAUUUUUAAGUUACAAGCUUGAGCUCUCCCAAAUGGGUUAAAAGUUGAAUGAAUUGACCCCUUGAUUUUAUGAUGUUAAAAUUUUAACUUCAUAUUAAGGGUUCUGUGAGCCCUCACUUUACCUUUUUUAAUUAUUGUCUUUGCCAUACUCCACUCAUUGACCUCUGUUGUGUGUGUUUGGGAGGGUAGAGCGGGAAAAGUCCAGGAGAUAAGCUAAAAUUGUCUUUGGUGACUGUACUCUGUGUAGUUUCUUGUUUUCCUGUGAAGUUGGUGUUUAUGCAGGGCGUUGGGAAGGCAGGGGGAAUCAUGCAUACCAUAGAGGAAAAUUGUUUUGGCCUUCUUUCAGAGGUAAUAAAGCCUUGCCAUUUCUAUUGUUGUAGAUGUAGAUGUGAAAUAAGCUCUUUUCCAUUGGAGUGAAAUAGGUUUUUUAAACUAGAGAUGAAAUUGAGCUUUAUUCCAAAAAAAUAAAGUGAUAAAGCCUGAUAAUGGAGAGCUGUACUCUGAAUUUUGACCCUAUAAAAGUCCAGCUAGGAACCUCUG